GCCCGAUGAUGUCGCUUUAACAGGCGCACAAGGCCCAAUUCAUAGAUCUGGUUACGCAGAAUCUGUGCGAGCUCCGACUGCACAAGUCGCCAGCUCUGCGUGCAGGAAUAGCGCACGUCUAAGGACGCUGCAACAGGCAGAGCCAUGAGCGCUGCAGCAGCUCAGGAGGCAGCAGCACGAGCACAGAUCGAGUACUACUUCAGCUACGCCAACUACAGUCGUGACGAGUACCUGCGCUCGCUGGCGGAUGCAGAUGGGUACGUCGCGCUCGACGCGCUGCAGGACUUUCCCAAGCUGCACAAGCUCACGCAGGGCGAUGGCGCGCUGCUCAAGCGCGCCGCGGCGUCGUCGACGCGGCUCGAAGUGUCUGAGGACAAGGUGCGCGCGCGGCGCAUCGGCGCGUCGUCGACGGGCCGCCAGGCGCAGCAUUUGGUGCUCGACGCGAACGCACUAGUACGGGGCCGCGGCGCCGCGCUCCAGGCCUACGCCGACAACUUCUGGACGACGACGGAGGUGCUGGCCGAGGUCAAGGACGCCGAGAGCAGAGCGCGCCUCGCGGCCCUCCCGUUCCGCCUCGAGACGCGGCGGCCGUCCCCCCAGGCCGUAGACCGCGUCUCGCAGUUCGCGCGGAAGACGGGCGACCUCGCGUCGCUCUCGCCCGUCGACGUCCAGGUGCUGGCGCUCGCGUACGACCUCGAGCUCGAGGCGGCGGGCUCGGACGACCACCUGCGCCGCGAGCCGGAGGGCGCCGCGGCUCCGUGCGCGAAGAAGGAGCCAGCGGCGGCGGCGGCGCGGCCGGCGCCGCGGCCCAAGCCCCGGCCCGCAGUGGCGCGCACCGCGCCGCCGCCCGUGUCCUGGGCCGCCGCCGUCACGGCGCCGCCGCCGCCCGUCGCCGAGGCACCAGUCGAGGAACCCGAGGCGGCUCCAGAACCGGCCCCGGUGCCGCCGCCAGCCGCCGAGGACCCGCCGGCACCACUGCCGCCGCCGCCGCCGGAGGUCGACGAGGCAACCACGGCCGACGGCGCCGCCGCGCCGCCGUCGCGGAUUCUCGCGGGCAACGCCAUCGGCGCGAUGGACGCGGCCGACGACGACGGCGUCGGCUGGCUCGACGCCGACGACGUGCAGGCGGCGGUCGCGACGGGCGAGCUGGCGUUCGACGGCCGGCGGUGCGCCGACGACGCGAUGCCGCCGUGCGCGUGCGCGUGCGCCACGGCGGACUACGCGAUGCAGAACGUGCUGCUGCAGCUCGGCCUGCGAUUGGUCGGCGUCGACGGCCUCGUGAUCGCGCGGACGAAGCGCUGGGUCCUGCGGUGCGGCGCCUGCUUCCACCUCGAGGACGACGCAAGCAAGUUGUUCUGCUCGCGGUGCGGCUCGACGCCGCUCCGACGGGUGGCCGUCGGCGUCGACGCGUCGGGCGCGCGGCGCGUCUACCUGAACAAAAACAAGGCUCCCAACGCGCGCGGCUCCAAAUUCGGCCUUCCCAAGCCGGGCAAGGCGGGCCGCUACGAGGGCGAACUUUUGCUCCGGGAGGACCAGCUCCACACGGGCAUCUGGCGCCAGAAGGCGGCGCGCGCGCGGUCGGCCAAGGCCGCGCGGUCGGUCUUCGGGCCCGAGGUCACGGAGUCGCUCGAGGCGCUCCAGCUCGUGCAGCGCGCCAAUUUGACCGUCGGCGUCGGGCGGAAGAAUCCGAACGCCAUGUCGAACGGUCGCGAGCGGAGAGGAAAGAAGAAAAAGUAG